CUUUUACUACUAUGUGCCAGUAGAUGCCUGUAUGCCCUAUCGUUCACGUGCCAUAGUCAUGUGAUGGUGUAUGUCACGUGAUCCGAUAAAUCUGCGCAAGAUGACCGGGUGGCUCCCCUCAGCGGGCAAAGCGACUACGGCGGGCCAGACGACACGGCGACUCCCUGGCUCGACUACGGGGCACAGCAGCGACAACCAGUGUUCUGCCAGGCGAUCUAUCCAGCCUCGAUCCCCCAGAGCUCCACCCACCUCGCCUUUUGCCUUCCACCCCCCGGACUCCCUCGUCGGGUCGUCACCACCCCCCGCCAGCUUGGCUGGGUUCCGCGCCCUCAGGCACUACCUCCGCGUCGGGGGGAGUGUCGCCCAGCCCGUCCCCCAUCAUGGUCUACGACUGGGAUGGCAAGCGGGAGAUCUGCUAUCAGAUGUACAUCAAGGACAAGAAGGCCCUGGAGGAGAUCAUGGAGUACAUGAAGAAUGUCUACCAGUUCGCCCCCAGUAAACGCGCGUUCCAAACCCAAUUCAAACGAUGGGGCUUUCCGUCGAAACAGAACCCAGCGCAUAAGAAUGUCGAGCUGGUGGCUCGGGUGAAGCAGCUUUGGGAGAAGAAUACCAGCCAGCGAGACAUGCUGCGGAUCCUGAAUGAGGAGGGAUUCGAGAUCAAGGAGAGGGAGCUGAUGCGCGUGCGUGCCAAGAACCGCUGGUUACUUCGUGUCCCCAACGGCAUGAAGUCACAAUCGCGACUCCAAGCCCCCGUCCAAAUACCGGAAGAUGAGGGGCUUCUCGCGCUACAGCAGGAAGUCUACAAGACUGAAACCCCCUUUGACGAGACCGAAACCCUCCCGGCCACCACCGCCGCGACCACCGCGACUACAUCGGCCUCUCCUGUGCUGCCCCCCGAAGUCCUUGCCAAGCGCAAAGAGCGACUGGAGCGACUAAAGGCAGAAAGUGAAGAGCGUUGGGCCAGUCGGAAACGUCGCCGCCGGACUCGCGGGUGGGCUGGGCUGCCCGCUGAUCCUCCGGGCCCUCCGCGCUUCCCCUCGGAGACGACCAUCGAUGAAAGCAAGAAGUACCUCGGUCUCGACAAUGUGAUGUAUCGCCAAGUGCGGGAUCAGUUUCAACGGAUCUGUGAAGAAGCCGGCUUCAUCAAGAAAACCGUUGCGGGGCCGGAGCGGUGGCAGGACGCCAAGAACAAGCUGAUCGAGGGAUCGCGGCACCUCCAGCAGGUGUUCUGGCAUGACCCGAAUCAGCUGGAUGCGAAGACCCUGGCGCUGGACGUGUUGUGCACGGAUGUGACGAAGAGGAUGAGGACCUUGGAGCGGCGCAUGACCAUCGCCGAGGCCAAGAAUGUCCUCGGCAUCAACCCAGAGGAAAGCCGGCAGAUACGCAACGCAUUCUACAACACCCUCAAGGCGGAUCACUUUACCAGCAAGUUGGAAGCGGGCGAUGAGCAUUGGAAGGAACUGAAGGACCAGUGGAUUCAAAACUCGGAGCUGCUUCGCCAGAUCCUCGCCCCUGGCGCGGCGGACCCGGAGCACACGGCGAAAGUCAAAGCGCUCGAGGUUCUGUGCCGCGAUGUCAUGAAGCGACUGCGAGAUGACCAGACCAAGAGGGACCCCUCGCGCAAGCCGUCCGUCCCUCACUCGCAGGCCCCCCAUUCCGACGCGGAAAGUCCCCCAGUCAGCAGCACGUAUGGCAGCGGCAUCACCAACGGGAUUAGCACCCUGGCCUCGCAGGCGCUGGCCAGUGCCACCAGUGAUCUCAGUGACAUGCAGAUCGAUCCCUCUCUGCUGCAGGCGGCCAAUGACCCCUCCUUUGCCACGGCCGCCCAGCACGACGCGACCAACGGCUUCGGAUAUGUGGAUCCGAUGCUCGGACCAUCGAUGCUGCACGUGCCCGUGUAUCUGCGCAUCCACCCCCAGAGCCCGCUGCACGGGGACUCGAAGACGUGGGUGGACAAGCUGACAGCACGGUCGGUGGCGGAAUUGCAGCAGAUCGUCGGCGCGAAGUACCCAGACGCCGUGGUGACGAAGAUCGAAGGGCUAGACCGCGACGAGAAAGGCCAUGAGAUCCCGUUCGUCAUCGACGAGGACCAUGAGCUGGAUGCGUACCUGACGCACGUGCAGGGGCGAAAAGCCACAUUUGUCUUUUGCUUGAACUAAACUGUCCGGGUGGAUGGCCGAGCCGUACAGCGCCCGGUGACACCCUCUCCAUUCCUGAAUAAUACCCCGUUUCUACCCUUGCAAUCAGAUG